UAACGCGAGGAGUGCGAUUCUCUGCCAGCAGUGUGCGACAGAGACGGGGAAGAUGGCGACGCAGGAGACAGAGGCAACUCCGCAAACCACCGUCAGCAACGGCGAGGUGAGCAGUAACGGUGCAGCGGCGGAUGGCCAGGCUGUACAGACUGCUGAGAACGCUCAGGACCCUCAGCAGCAGCCUCCACAGCCCCCUCCCAAUGCAUGGCAGGUCAUCAAAGGAGUCCUCUUCAGGAUCUUCAUUAUCUGGGCCAUCAGCAGCUGGUUCCGUCGAGGGCCCGCCACCCCAGACCCCAGUACCCCUGCAGGGGCACCGCGGGUUCCCAGCCGCAACCUGUUCCCCAAGGAGAGCCUCAUGGACCUGUAUGUGUACAUCUCACAGGAUGAGGUUUUCUCCGACUUCAACAACACAGAGGCCCUGUUCUGGUUUCACAGAGACCUGAUCUAUGGAGACUGGAACAUGGGAGAGGAUGGGGAUGGGUGCUAUGAGCACUAUAGGGACCUGGACAUCCCACAGUCGGUACAGAUGAAUGGUUCCCUCUACAUACAUGUGUAUUUCACCAAGAGUGGGUUCCACCCAGACCCCAAACGCAAGGGACAGUACCGCAGGCUGGCCACGGUUCAUUCCACACGGAUGUUGAACAAGUUCAAGCGCAGAAAGUUCAUGAAGACCAAGAACUUGUUGACAGGGGAAACUGAGGCUGAUCCCGAGAUGAUCAAGAGAGCAGAGAGCCACGGUCCAGUUGAGGUAAUCUCCCACUGGCACCCCAACCUGACCAUCAACAUGGUGGACGACCACACGGCAUGGGUCAAGGGCUCAGUCCCCCCUCCCCUUGACCAACAUGUGAAGUUUGACGCUGUGAGUGGCGACUACUACCCCAUUGUUUACUUCAACGACUACUGGAACCUGCAGAAGGACUACUACCCCAUUAACGACACGCAGCAGACCCUGCCCCUCCGGCUGGCCUACUGCCCGCUCUCCCUGUGGCGCUGGCAGCUGUACGCCGCGCAGAACGCACGCUCACCCUGGAACUUCCUGCCCGAGGACACCUACGAGCAGUCUGACGAGGACCAGGACUCCGUCAAGGUGGCUCUGCUGGAAACUAACCCUUACUUGCUGGGUGUCACCAUUGUGGUCUCCAUCGUACACAGCAUCUUUGAGUUCCUGGCCUUCAAGAAUGACAUCCAGUUCUGGAACAGCCGUCAGUCCCUGGAGGGUCUGUCUGUGCGCUCCAUCAUCUUUGGGGUGUUCCAGUCCCUGGUGGUGCUGCUCUACAUCCUGGACAAUGAGACCAACUUUGUGGUGCAGGUCAGCGUUUUCAUCGGCCUGCUCAUCGACUUCUGGAAGAUCACCAAGGUCAUGGAUGUCAAGCUGGACAGAGAGAACAAGAUUGCAGGUGUCAUUCCACGUUUAGUAUUCCAAGACAAGUCUACAUACAUCAAGUCUUCAACCAAAAUCUACGACGAUAUGGCCUUCAAAUACCUAUCGUGGCUGCUCUAUCCUCUGUUCGGCUGCUAUGCCAUCUACAGUCUGCUCUAUGUAGAGCACAAAGGCUGGUACUCCUGGGUGCUCAGCAUGCUCUACGGCUUCCUCCUGACCUUCGGCUUCAUCACCAUGACGCCGCAGCUGUUCAUCAACUACAAGAUGAAGUCUGUGGCCCACCUCCCAUGGAGGAUGCUCACCUACAAGGCCCUCAACACCUUCAUAGACGACCUGUUUGCCUUUGUCAUCAAGAUGCCCAUGAUGUACAGGAUAGGAUGCCUCAGAGAUGAUGUGGUGUUCUUCGUCUACCUGUACCAGCGUUGGAUCUACCGGGUUGACCCCAACCGGGUCAACGAGUUCGGCACCAGCGGUGUGGACCCGUCUAAGGACAGCACGGCGGAGGGGGAGGUCGCCGCGAUAACAGACACCCCUGCCAUCGCCGCUGUCACAGACAAACCAGAUGGAGAGAAGAAGAAUGAUUAACAGAGACCAAGUUAUCCAUACCCCCACCCCCCACCAAGGUCCCUACACCAUGAACCCUGAACCCCCCUCCCCCCCACUUGCCCUUGCUCCUGGGGCGUGGAAGACUCGUGGAGACCCAGGCUGAGUCCUACGCCCAAUCAUCUGCCAAGAAAAGGAGUCAUCGUAAAUCUGUCAUGGACACUGCUUAAAAAAUAUAUUAUUAUUUAGGUUCAACUUUUUCUCCUUGAUUUUGAAGUGGGGACCCGCUGCAAAUCAUAUUUAAUGUAGACUUAACCGUUCUUAUUUCUCAACCCCCCCUCCUCUCCUCUGUUUUGCAGUUCAAGUGAAGUAACACAACAAUGUGAUGUAUACUGUUAUAUAUAAUUUAGAUUGGGUAUCUGUGGGGGGGGGGGGGGGGCGGGGGGGG